AUGUUUUCUUCAACGGCUGUGCUCCUUACUCUCAUGGCAUUGGGAUAUGCCUCGCCAAUUGUGUACCGUCAAGAGGCAAGCCCAUUUGUCUUUACCAAUUCAAAUGGCCUCAAUUUCACUCAAAUGAAUACGACACUUCCCAAUGUGACCAUUUUUGCAACAGGCGGUACAAUUGCAGGUUCAAGCUCCAGUAAUACCGCAACAACAGGCUACACAGCCGGAGCCCUGGGUAUCCUCACUCUCCUCGACGCCGUCCCAGAAGUCUUGAAUAUCUCAAACGUCGCCGGUGUUCAAAUCUCCAACGUCGGAAGCCCAGAUGUCACUUCCUCAAUCCUCGUCCAAAUCGCCCACCAAAUCAACAACGUCGUUUGCAACGACCCAACCAUGGCUGGAGCAGUAGUCACUCACGGCACCGACACCCUCGAAGAAACAGCUUUCUUCCUCGACGCCACGGUAAACUGCGAGAAACCGGUAAUCAUCGUCGGAGCAAUGAGACCCGCAACCGCCAUCUCAGCCGACGGACCCUUUAACCUCCUCGAAGCCGUUUCCGUGGCCAUCAACCCGGCAGCGAGAAACCGCGGUGCAAUGGUAGUCAUGAACGAUCGUAUCGUCAGUGCUUACUACGUGACCAAAACCAAUGCCAACACCAUGGACACUUUCAAAGCGUACGAGCAAGGAAACCUCGGAACUCUCAUCUCCAAUACCCCUUAUUUCUUCUACCCCCCGGUAACACCCACCGGCAAAGCCGCCUACGAUAUCAGAAACGUAACAGCAAUUCCCCGCGUAGAUAUCUUGAUGUCCUAUCAAGACAUGUCCAACGACACCCUCUACUCCGCCGUCUCUUCCGGCGCAAAAGGCAUAGUCAUCGCAGGAUCCGGCGCCGGCAGCACGUCCUCGAACUUCAGUCUCGCCAUGCAAGACGUGAUCACCAUGCACGGGAUCCCCAUCAUCGACUCCACACGCGUGAUGAGCGGCGAGGUCUCCAACAGCGGCUUUGAUCCCGAGGACCCUAGUCCGAUUUCUAGUGGGUUCUUGAACCCGUAUAAAUCUAGGGUGCUAUUGGGGAUAUUGCUUGCGCAGAUGAGGAAUGUGACGGAGAUUGCGGGGGCGUUUAAUGGGAGUGCUACGUUUGUUGGGUAG